AUGGCCACACUGGGUGACAUGUACGUCCACCUCCAGAGGACCAUGGACAGUGAGUUGGAGGGGACGGCACGCGUGCUGCUGCACAAAGCCAGCGAGGCCAACGCCUUCAUCCGGCAGGGCGCCAACUUUGCCCUGGGUCACAUGGUGCAGAGCUGCACCCCUACACGUGUCAUGAAUGCCCUGCUGGUCGGUGGGCUGAGCCACCGUAACGCUGCGGUGAGGAGCUGCACUGCUCAGCACCUGGAGAGACUGGCUGAGGUCAUGGGGACGGCUCGUCUCCUGUCGGGGAAGAAAGACCUCACUGACCGUUUCUUGAUUGCCGUCAGUAAACUGGCUGUGGACCCUGCACAGGAAGUCAGGCAUCAUGGUCGCAAUAUCUUGAGCAACAUGGCCACCAAUGGCGACUUUCCUAAAAUGUGGGACAAAUUCGCUCCGAGGAAAGAACGAGAAUCCUUGAGGGAGGUCAUCUCAAAGGUUAACCUCAAAGAAAGAAUAAAGCUACAUGACUGGCGCUACAUGUUGGAGUUCCGUGUCGAUGACUGA